AUGUUCAUACUAGCUCAAAAUGACCAUGAGAGACGGAUUUCAAUUGUAUCCAAGUCGUAUGCCUUAAUCUUUAAAGCAGUAAAAUCGGAUCCCUCGUCUCCCACAGCUGCCACCACUAACAGGCCCCUAUGUGCGAUAGAACUACUACCAAAAUCACAUUUGAAAGGUCAAAAGUUUGAAAAAUUAACAAAUUUAGAGGUUUAUGGCUUUCUUGGACUAAUUGAAAUAGAAAAUAAGAUAUUUAUCUGCACAAUAACAGGGAAGUCAAAAGUGGCCAGGCCAAUACCUGGUGAAACAGUGAACAAAAUUUAUGCUGUUGACUUCUUUUGUUUGAAUGACGAUCGAUGGGAUUUUGUGGAGUUUGAUUCUAAUGGGUAUUCUAUUCCUACUGCAGAGGAUGAAUAUGCAAGUCAACAGAAUGUAGCUAAGCAUCCAUGCCACGAAUUGAAAAAACUAUUGUCUAAUGGAUCAUUUUAUUACAGUUCAGACUUUGAUUUGACUUCUUUAUUGCAGUAUCGAGGGUUAGAUGCACAUUCUCUGAGUUUUGAUGAUUUUCAAGAGGAGUACAUGUGGAAUUCAUUUCUGAUGCAAGAAAUUAUUAGCUUCAGAGAUAAAUUGGAAGAUCCAGCAAGGCAGGUUUUGGAUGAAGAAGGGUUCCUAACUACCGUUAUCCGUGGGUUUGCCGAGACUUUCCCAACUUACAUUGGUUCUCUGCCUGUCUGGCUUACAAUAAUUUCCAAGCAGAGUUGGAAGCGCGCUGGUACAAGGUUCAAUGCCCGAGGUAUUGACGAUGAAGCUAACGUCGCUAACUUUGUAGAAACAGAAUUCGUGAUGUACUCAAAUGAUUACUGUUAUUCUUUUACUGAAAUAAGAGGUAGCGUUCCUGUAUUUUGGGAACAGGAUACUUCUUUAAUUAAUCCCAAAGUGCAAAUUACAAGAUCGGUGGAAGCCACGCAACCAAUUUUUGAUGAACACUUCCAAAGGCUAGUUGAUAAAUACGGUCCAAUACAUGUGGUAAACUUGCUGUCGACCAAAUAUUCAGAGAUGGAGUUAACAAGACGUUACAGAAGUCACCUGGAACGCUCUAGAAAUUUGAAGUUGGGUGAAAAUGUUUUUAUGACCGACUUUGAUUUUCACAGGGAAACAAAGGAUCAAGGCUUUUCUGCUGCCAGCAGAAUUAGACCAAUGAUUGAGAAAUCUCUUUUGGAAAAUGGCUAUUUUUCCUAUGAUGUUAAAGAGGGGAAAGCGAUUUCUAAGCAACGUGGGGUUUUUAGAGUGAAUUGUUUAGAUUGUUUGGACAGAACUAAUUUGAUUCAACAAUUUGUGUCCAGAUAUGCUUUUUUAUUGUUUUUGCAAGAUUUCCAAUUGGUUAAGUCCAACGUUGUGAACAGCAUGGAAGAUUAUGAAUGGUUCCAAAAGCAUAAUAAUUUAUGGGCUGAUCACGGCGAUGCAGUAUCCCAAAUAUAUACAGGUACUAAUGCUUUGAAGUCAUCAUUUUCCAGAAAGGGUAAAAUGUCCCUUGCAGGAGCGUUAUCCGAUGCAACAAAAUCGGUUAGCCGAAUGUAUAUUAAUAACUUUAUGGACAAGAGUAAACAACAAAAUAUUGAUUGUUUGCUAGGUCGAUUGCCUCACCAACAACCAGUUCAGCUAUACGAUCCAAUAAAUGAGUAUGUAACUUCCAAGCUGGCUACGAUGUCGAGUAAGUUCACAAAGUCAUCGAAGAUUAAUCUUUUAGUAGGAACAUUCAAUGUAAAUGGCCUCACAAAAAAAGUCGACAUUACCGAUUGGUUAUAUCCAAUUGGUAACAAAUACUUACCUGACAUUGUUGUCCUGGGAAUGCAAGAGGUUAUUGAAUUAAACGCUGGUUCGAUUUUAAAUGCUGAUUACUCCAAAAGUACUUUCUGGCAACAACUUGUGAAUGAUUGUUUGAAUCAAUUUGAAGAGAAAUACCUCUUGUUAAGAGCUGAACAAAUGUCAUCAUUACUUAUUCUCUUUUUUGUCAAAUCAAAGAAUGUGCAACAUAUCAAACGUGUUGAAGGUGGAAGUAAAAAGACUGGUUUUGGUGGAAUAACAGGUAAUAAAGGCGCAGUGGCUAUCAGGUUUGAAUAUGGAAACACAACCUUUUGCUUUAUAAAUUGUCACUUAGCAGCGGGUAUUUCGAACGUUGAAGAACGACGUUCCGAUUAUGAAAGUAUUACUAAAGGUGUAAACUUUACGAGGUCCAAGAAAAUCCUUCAUCAUGAUUCUAUCUUUUGGAUUGGUGAUUUAAAUUAUAGGAUUACAUUGCCCAAUGAAGAAGUAAGACAGUUAUUAAACUCAAAAAAGGAUGGCUAUAUUGACGGAUUGCUGAAUCAUGACCAAUUAACACAAGAAAUGCGUACUGGUUAUUCUUUUAAAGGGUUUAUGGAGCCUUCGAUUCAAUUUUGUCCAACUUACAAAUAUGAUCAUGGAACAAACCGUUACGAUACCUCUGAAAAGGCACGCACGCCAUCGUGGACUGAUAGAAUUGUUUACAAAGGCAAGAACCUUCAGCCCAUGGCGUAUGGAGAUGUUGCACUUUGCCUUAGUGAUCAUAAACCUGUUUAUUCUGCUUAUAAAGCUGAUGUUAAUUUCGUUGAUGAAGCAAUAAAGAUGAAAUUGACUAAACAAUUAUAUUUACAGUAUAAAGAAUCUCAUCCAGAACAGGCAUCUAAUACCACUAUUGCAUUAAUUGAUGUUGAUGCGGGCAAGAUGGAUGAGAAAAAUGAUACUUACGAGAAUCCAUUAAACAACUGGAGCGAAUCUAAUUUGCUGGAUUUUGAGCCAAAUUUCGUUUUGAGCAUGACAUCUAGCCCAAACACGCCAUUUAGUGGUACACCAACCCACUUAACUCAACCACAAAAGAAGAACGGAUCUAACGCAAAUGCUCGAAAUAGAGUUCCACCUCCGCCCCCUCCCCCGGUUAGCAGAAACAGUGGAACUGUCACAAAUACCAGUCUUCCAUAUUUGAAUAGAACGGAUUCCACCAAACAGCCAGUGCCAAUACGUGCUCUAUCACAAACUUCAAGAGAAUCAUUGCCAUCUUCAAGCGACAACGGCAGUACUUUUUCAAACGUCACGUCCACCAACAGUCCCGUCAAAACUUCUUCGCCCCCUGUGCCAUUAAGAAGAGGUAUCUUGCCCCCAGGCUUCAGUGAUUCUAUCCUGGUCCCUAAGAAUUCCUGUAAUAGCCCACUUUCCUUAAAAAGUGAUAUCAGUGCUAAAUCAAAAGAAGAAUCUAUCAGCCCAGAACUUGGUACCACUGAUAAGGUAACCAGUGUAGACAGCACAGAAUCUUAUAGCGCAGAGAGUUUGAAUACAAAUCGUCCAAUUAAAACUAACAGGCAUCCUCCAGUAGUCCCAAAGAAGAAGCCUGAGCUAGAAAAGCUGUCUAUAGAUUCUUGGAAGCCUCUCACUCCAAAGUAA